UGCGCGCGGCGGGCAGGUCCGCCUGUCAGCCCGCGGCGUCGUCUUGUGAGCGCUGGAGCAAGGCGAGAGGCAGGGUCGGGGCGCGGCGCCCCGGGGCCUCUGGACGCGCCCCUCCUUGCCCCUCGGUGCUCGGAACCCACAGGAUUAUGGCCGGAAAGGUCAAGUGGGUCACCGAUAUCGAGAAGUCGGUGCUGAUCAAUAACUUUGAAAAGAGAGGAUGGGUCCAAGUGACGGAAAACGAGGACUGGAACUUCUACUGGAUGAGCGUGCAGACCAUCCGGAACGUCUUCAGCGUCGAAACUGGAUACCGGCUCUCAGACGACCAGAUAGUCAACCACUUUCCAAACCACUACGAGCUGACCCGGAAGGAUCUGAUGGUGAAGAAUAUUAAGCGAUACAGGAAGGAGCUAGAAAAAGAGGGGAGUCCUCUGGCGGAAAAAGAUGAGAACGGGAAAUACCUCUAUCUGGACUUUGUCCCGGUCACCUACAUGCUGCCCGCUGAUUACAACCUGUUCGUGGAGGAGUUCCGGAAGAGCCCAUCCAGCACCUGGAUCAUGAAGCCUUGUGGGAAAGCCCAGGGAAAGGGCAUCUUCCUCAUCAACAAGCUCUCGCAGAUCAAAAAGUGGUCCCGGGACAGCAAGACGUCUUCGUUCGUGUCUCAGUCUACUAAAGAAGCCUACGUGAUCUCUCUGUACAUCAGCAACCCGCUGCUCAUCGGGGGCAGGAAGUUCGACCUGCGCUUGUAUGUCCUGGUGUCUACGUACCGCCCGCUGCGCUGUUACAUGUAUAAGCUUGGCUUCUGCCGGUUCUGCACGGUGAAAUACACGCCAAGCACCAGCGAGCUGGACAACAUGUUUGUGCAUCUCACCAACGUGGCCAUCCAGAAGCAUGGGGAGGACUACAACCACAUCCACGGGGGCAAGUGGACGGUGAGCAACCUGCGGCUCUACCUGGAGAGCACCCGCGGCCGGGAGGUGACCAGCAAGCUGUUUGAUGAGAUCCACUGGAUCAUCGUGCAGUCCCUGAAGGCCGUGGCGCCAGUCAUGAACAAUGACAAGCACUGCUUCGAAUGCUACGGCUACGACAUCAUCAUCGACGACAAGCUGAAGCCCUGGCUGAUCGAGGUUAACGCGUCCCCAUCUCUCACCUCCAGCACCGCCAACGACCGAAUCCUUAAGUAUAACCUGAUCAACGACACGCUCAACAUCGCCGUCCCUAACGGCGAGAUCCCAGACUGCAAGUGGAACAAGUCCCCGCCCAAGGAAGUGCUGGGCAAUUACGAAAUCCUGUACGAUGAGGAGCUGGCCCAGGGCGACGGGGCUGACCGAGAGCUGAGGAGUCGUCCAGGCCAGUCACUCGGACCCAAGGCCGGCCGCUCCAGAGACUCGGGGAGGACCGUCCUCACGACCUGGAAGUGACGCCACAGAGCACAGGAGACCCUGGCAGACCUGGUCACACUGCACCCCUGGCUUCUGCUGGAGCCAGUUUGGAAAUGUCCUUUUUCUAGAUUUCUAGAGCUUUUUCCUUUCUUCAGCUCUGUAAAUAAACGCGCUUCUUCAGAA